GUUUACUUUCAGUGAUUGAGAGAGGGAUUUUGAAAUCUAGUACAAUCAUGGAUUUGUUUAUUUCUCCUAUCAGUUUUCACGCAUUUGGAAACUCUGCGACCAGGUUCUGCCGGAGACUUCCAUUUGGCCUCAAUGUGAAAGUAGAGUAGAAAAUCGCAUCUACAUGUGUAUUGCUAUCAGAAUGUUGAUUCAUUGGUCAUGCCUGAAGAGGGAAAUUCUGUCCUAAUGGCUGACUGCCAGCGAAAAUAGAUGCUUAUCCUAGAUGUCAAGCAUCUCUCCUUUUUACUGGAGUGAAAAUUCCCUCCAGAUACCAACAGAACAUCAACUGCAGAAAAUGCUUCACAUUUUAAGGAUGUCAGCAACCUAAAUUCAUGCGCCCUGUCUGCACGGUAGCUGUGGAUGGUUUACCAUCUGAAAGCUCCUCAAGCUCUUAUCCAGGCCCCGUAUCUGUUUCUGAAAUGUCUCUGCUUCAUGCUCUGGGCCCAGUGCAGACCUGGCUGGGGCAGGAGCUGGAGAAAUGUGGCAUCGAUGCCAUGAUUUAUACCCGCUAUGUCCUCAGUCUUCUGCUGCAUGACAGCUACGAUUACGACCUGCAGGAACAGGAGAAUGACAUCUUCCUGGGCUGGGAAAGAGGAGCUUACAAGAAAUGGGGAAAGAGUAAGAAAAAGUGCUCAGACCUAACUCUAGAAGAAAUGAAAAAACAGGCUGCUGUCCAGUGUCUUCGCUCUGCUUCUGACGAAAGCUCUGGCAUCGAGACUUUAGUGGAGGAGCUCUGCUCCAGACUGAAGGACCUUCAGAGCAAGCAAGAAGAGAAGAUUCACAAAAAGUUAGAGGGGUCUCCCUCUCCAGAGGCAGAAUUAUCCCCUACAGCAAAGGAUCAAGUGGAAAUGUACUAUGAAGCAUUUCCGCCACUGUCUGAGAAACCAGUUUGCCUACAGGAGAUCAUGACUGUGUGGAACAAGUCUAAAGUCUGUUCUUACUCUAGCCCUUCUUCAUCAUCCACAGCCCCAGCAGCUAGCACAGACACAUCCUCCCCCAAGGACUGCAACAGCGAAGGCGAAGUCAGCAAGGAAAGAAGCAAUGAAGCGCCAGGCACCGUACACACGAAAAUCCAGAGCAGAAGUAAAAGUGAGAAGGAGAACAAAUUCAGUAAUGGCACAAUGGAAGAAAAGCCUGCUUUGUACAAAAAGCAGAUCCGACAUAAACCUGAAGGAAAGAUUCGCCCUCGCUCUUGGUCUUCUGGCUCGAGUGAAGCAGGCUCAAGUUCAAGUGGUCAUCAGGGAGAACUAAAAGCAUCCGUGAAGUGUGUGAAAGUCAGACACAAGACCCGAGAGAUUCGCAACAAGAAAGGGCGGAAUGGGCCAAGCAGGCUCUCGCUGAAGACUGGCGACAAGGCUGAGAGGGGCAUGCAUGCGGGGGGGAGCGGAGGUGGGGGAGCCCCCAUCAAGCCGCUGUGCCGGCGCGGGAAGAGGCCCUUGAAGGACCCGGGGAGAAGAGACGCCGGCAGCGCGGAAGGAAGAGAUCUGUCCCUGGAGAGCAGAAACGACAGAGAAUAUAAAGAGGAACCACUGUGGUACACUGAACCGAUUGCUGAGUAUUUCGUUCCUUUGAGCAGAAAAAGUAAACUGGAGACCACGUACCGAAACCGACAGGAUACGAGUGAUCUGACGUCAGAGGCGGUGGAAGAGUUGUCAGAAUCUGUGCACGGUCUUUGUAUCAGCAACAAUAAUAUUCAUAAAACAUACCUCGCAGCAGGUACUUUCAUUGAUGGUCAUUUUGUAGAAAUGCCUGCGGUUAUCAAUGAGGAUAUUGACCUCACUGGGACCUCGUUCUGUUCUCUCCCAGAGGACAACAAGUAUCUGGAUGAUAUUCAUCUAUCAGAAUUAACACACUUCUAUGAAGUGGAUAUUGAUCAAUCCAUGUUGGAUCCUGGUGCCUCAGAAACAAUGCAAGGAGAAAGUCGGAUUUUGAAUAUGAUUCGACAAAAAAGCAAAGAGAAAACGGAUUUUGAGGCAGAAUGUUGCAUAGUGUUAGAUGGAAUGGAGUUGCAAGGGGAACGUGCAAUAUGGACAGAUUCCACCAGCACUGUGGGUGCCGAGGGAUUCUUCCUGCAAGACCUGGGCAACCUGGCUCAGUUUUGGGAGUGCUGUUCAUCCAGCUCGGGCGAUGCCGACGGAGAGAGUUUCGGCGGAGACUCUCCAGUUAGACUCUCUCCGAUCUUGGACAGCACAGCACUCAGUCCGCAUUUGCUUGCUGGCAAUCAGGAGCUCUUUUCAGAUAUUAAUGAAGGAUCUGGCAUAAACUCGUGUUUUUCAGUGUUUGAAGUGCAAUGCAGUAAUUCUGUUCUACCAUUUUCGUUUGAAACUCUCAACUUGGGAAAUGAAAAUACGGAUUCUAGUGCUAAUAUGCUUGGGAAAACCCAGUCUAGAUUGCUAAUAUGGACCAAAAAUAGUGCCUUUGAAGAAAAUGAACACUGUUCUAAUCUUUCAACAAGAACUUGUAGCCCAUGGUCCCAUUCAGAAGAAACACGUUCAGACAACGAGACAUUAAAUAUUCAGUUUGAAGAGUCCACUCAGUUUAAUGCAGAAGAUAUUAAUUAUGUAGUUCCUAGAGUCUCGUCAAAUUAUGUAGAUGAAGAACUUCUAGAUUUUUUGCAAGAUGAAACUUGCCAGCAAAACAGAACAUUAGGAGAAAUUCCUACCUUAGUUUUCAAAAAAAAAUCGAAACUAGAAUCUGUCUGUGGUAUUCAGCUCGAACAAAAGACAGAACACAAAACCGUGGAAACUGCCCGAGGGGGUGGCGAGAGUGGUCCACGUGGUGGCGGCUACAGCUCAGGGGUUAUUAAAGACAUUUGGACAAAGAUGGUAGACGGGGGAUCUGCCGCGCCGGUGGACAUGGAUAGAGUUGACGAGGAGUUGUUCCCAACAGACGUCGGUAACUACUGCUGCUGCCUGGACGCCGAGGCUGAGGCUGAGAGCCUGCGGGAGCCCCACAAGGCCGUGCAGAGGUCCGAGUAUCGUCUGUGGGAGGGGCAGAAGGAGAGCCUGGAGAAGAGAGCGUUCGUUUCUGGGGCGCCCUCGAAGGUGGACGGGGGCGACUACACUACACCCUCUAAACCCUGGGACGUGGCCCCAGACAAAGAGAACACGUUCAUUCUCGGUGGAGUUUACGGAGAACUCAAGACCUUCAGCAGCGAUGGGGAGUGGGCAGUCGUGCCGCCCAGUCACACCAAGGGAAGCCUGUUACAGUGUGCGGCUUCCGACGUCGUGACCAUAGCUGGUACGGACGUCUUCAUGACCCCAGGAAACAGCUUCGCUCCCGGUCACAGGCAGCUGUGGAAGCCCUUCAUGUCAUUCGAACAGAGUGAUCAGCCGAGGAGUGGGGAAAAUGGAUUAAAUAAGGGAUUUUCUUUUAUCUUCCAUGAAGACUUACUAGGAGCUUGUGGUAACUUUCAGGUUGAGGAUCCUGGGCUGGAAUAUUCCUUCUCGUCCUUUGACUUAAGCAAUCCAUUCUCGCAAGUUCUUCAUGUGGAGUGUUCGUUUGAACCCGAGGGGAUUGCCUCUUUCAGCCCUAGUUUCAAACCGAAGUCAAUCCUCUGCUCUGAUUCAGACAGCGAAGUUUUUCACCCCAGAAUCUGUGGCGUUGACAGAACACAGUACCGGGCGAUUCGGAUCUCUCCUCGGACUCACUUCCGCCCCAUUUCUGCAUCCGAGCUGUCCCCGGGAGGAGGAAGUGAGUCAGAAUUUGAAUCUGAGAAAGAUGAAGCAAAUAUUCCCAUUCCUUCUCAGGUUGAUACAUUUGAAGAUCCACAGGCAGAUCUCCAACCACUGGAAGAAGAUGCCGAGAAAGAAGGCCAUUACUAUGGAAAAUCAGAGCUGGAGUCUGGAAAAUUCCUCCCCAGGUUAAAAAAAUCUGGCAUGGAAAAGAGUGCUCAGACAUCACUGGAUUCUCAGGAGGAAUCAGCUGGGAUUCUGCCAGUGGGGAAGCAGGAUCAGUGUUUGGAAUGUAGCAUGAAUGAAUCUCUGGAAAUUGCUUUAGAAAGUUCAGAAGCUAAUUGUAAAAUAAUGGCACAAUGUGAGGAAGAAAUUAAUAAUUUUUGCAGUUGCAAAGCAGGUUGUCAGUUUCCUGCUUACGAAGAUAAUCCGGUUUCUUCGGGACAGCUGGAAGAGUUUCCCGUAUUGAACACUGAUGUUCAAGGAAUGAAUAGGAGUCAAGAAAAGCAAACCUGGUGGGAAAAAGCCUUGUACUCUCCUCUCUUUCCUGCGUCAGAGUGUGAAGGUGUCUUCUGUUUAUGAAGCAAGGUGUGCAGGAGAGAGAGGUGCCGGAGCAAAACCCCGCGGCUUCCGCAGAAAGAUCUACUCCAGCGCCAGCUCCGGCUCGGAGGGCUCCGGCUCGGAGGGCGGAGGCGAGUGGGUGGACCCUGGCGAAGAAGAGCUCUUUUCUCGAACUCAUCUCUAAUCCUGCAGCGUAGUACAAAUUAUUUUUUGAGAGCGAUAUGUGACGGCAAAUACCCUUUUGUGAGGCCUGUUAAUCUAAAGCAACAACUUAGGUUUCUUCUUCAAUUAACUGAUUCAGAUCAGCAAUUAUCUUUCUCUUCUUGCUUAUUUUAGAGUUGAGGACAGCUAUCCUGUUGAAGAUUUUUUGUUUUCCAAGCUGUUGAAUUCUUGGCUAUCUGAAAUAGACUAGAUUGUGUUGUCAAAUCAAGAAUGGGUGUGCAUGUGCUUGUCUAGAAGCAACCCUGCUUUCCACAUCUUGACCACAGUUGCUGUCUGUCCUUCCAGCUGCAGCCCGGUCACUGUCACCUUAGCGCCACGGUGUCCGCGGCCACUGCCGCUCUCCAGAGACUUGAGCUUUGAAACCUUUAGGCUUUGUUCUCUCAGAACUGGGAUAUAACACCCACCCCUGCCAUGGAUCGGGGUCUUUCUCAAGGCAAGAGGGAAGCAUGGGUGACUCGUCCACGGGCUUCACAAGGUCCGCUCUCGUGUACAUUUGCCGUAGGAGCCACAAGGGUGUGCUUUUAGAGACUUACAAAAUACUGUUUUCUCUCUUAGGAUUCUCCCCCCUCGAGUAUCAUGGAAGAUACUAUGGUUUGUGACUUUCUUGCUAACUGGAGGAGCCAAGGCUUUGAGGUGCGGGGUAGCAGUGGAGGCAGAGCGGGGCAAGGGCGCACCCCUGGCCUGUUUGACGUUGUGGUGACUUUUGCGCCAAACGCCCUUCAGGGUUAUUUGUGGUGAGGGUCUUAGUUGCAGAUCAUGAUUUUCUGGUGACCUCCAUUGAAUCGAAGCCUCCAGAACUCCAAAUUACAAACGUCUGAUAUGCAGUACAGGCCGCCUCGUCGCCCCAGAGAAGCCCUGGCUGCUGCAGCUAGCCGCUGUCACGGCUGUGACCGAGUAGAGCCUAGACUUCAUUUUGUGUUGGCGAGAAUGUUCUGGGCAAGUUCUGUGUGGUGGGUUGGGGGCGGGCAGAGACGUCUUUCUCCCAGACCUUGGUGAUGGUUUCAUGGGACUCGCUUCCCGCUCUCCGUGGGGGCUGAGCAGUCAGUCCGUCUCCUCCAAGUCCUGUCCACUCAGGAUGGCCGCCACCUCGAGUGUUCACGCCGGUGGGCAGCAGGUGAAGCUACGAGGAGCAGUGUUGUAAAACCAAAUUGUUUUUCUAUUUAAAAAACAAAACCUAAUGUGUAAAAUCAGUUUAGCGUGCCCGUAACACCAGGAAUGGCAGAGAAGUCUGGCGUGGACGAGACAGCGUCACCGUGAGUCUUGGCAGGCGGUGCACACGUGCACUUUGCUAGCUGGGAGCUGGAGUGGCUGGGAGAUCCCUGGUUUGCUCCGAGCCGCGGGUGCAGUUGCCUGCUUGUAACUGAGGACACAGGUGACUCCAGGGCUGCAGAGCCGCCCCGGCUUCGGUGUUCUCGCUGGGAGAAACCCAGCAGACGGCGGGCUGGGGUCUCACCACACGCCAGGGCUUGUUCGUACUUGGCACAUCUUAUGACACUUUAAAGUGUGUGCGUGCGUGCGUGUGUGUGUGCGUGCGUGUACGUGUGCAGGGGUGUGUGUGUGUGCAUGUAAGGUUUAUGUUGCUGUUAAUUUAUUUACAGACUUUAUAAGGUUUUAUGUAUUUUUCUUUCUUCCAGAGCUUCCUAAAAAGUGAUUAGCAUCUGCACUGAAAUAUAAUUUAACAGCAAAGGCAAAAAAGAAUUGGAAGUUGUAAAUUCCUAAAAUCACUACAGUGACGAUCAUUCUAGAAAUCGUUGCUUAUGUAGCAGAGACCAAAUAAAUAUAUUUCAGAUACAACCUUUAGCUCAGUUGAUUUUGGACAGCUGCUUUUUAUCAAGACAGGGCUCCAGGUGGCUGAGGUGCCGACUUCCUCAUGCACAGGCGGGAAGACAGUGCACCUUCCACGGGGGAACGGGGAUGGAUUAUAAAAUGGGCAAGGGGAUUAACAGAUUAUGUAUUUAUUUGUUUUCAUAGCUAAAUGGCUGAAGUCCAGAGGCUUUCAGCAACAGAGUUGAAAGUGUGGUUUUUAGUUUUGUGAAUGGAUGAUCACAAAGAAAAAGCAUUUUUUAAAAAGUUGGCAAAACGCUGAGACGCACUGUGGUAUGACGCGCAUUUGCAUAUCCAUAGCACUGAAGUACCCAUGUUCCAUUCCUGGGCUGAGAUUUUUUUCCCCGUGGUUGUAUUGUUCUGAUUUCACGUACACCAGAGUAACUGAUUUUUUUGUUUUCUUGUGGAGUUAACACCAAAUAAAAAUUUC